AUGGCGUGUUGGAAUUGGGGGUCCUUGAUUAGAGGAAAAAUUUCCAAAAAGAAGAAACGCCGUGGAGAAAUGGGGUCUCAUAAUUGGGGGUCCUUGAUUAGCGAAAAAAUUUCCAAAAAGAAGAACGCCGUGAAGAAAUGGGGUCUUGGAAUUGAGGGUUCACUGAUUAGAGGAAAAAUUUCCAAAAAGAAGAACGCCGUAAAGAAAUGGGGUCUUGGAAUUGGGGAAUACCUGGAUAAAGAACUACAACUAAAACACCUAGAUAAAGAACUACAACUAAAACACCUAGAUAAAGAACUACAACUAAAACACCUAGAUAAAGAACUACAACUAAAACACUUAGAUAAAGAACUACAACUAAAACACCUAGAUAAAGAACUACAACUAAAACACUUAGAUAAAGAACUACAACUAAGACACCUGGAUAAAGAACUACAACUAAAGCACUUAGAUCAAGAACUACAACUAAAGCACUUAGAUAAAGAACUACAACUAAACACUUAG